CCGUCGAAGAAAAACGUCGUCACAAUCGUCUAAGCUGCCACGUAAUGUUGUGUACCGUUUGCGAGUUACGUUCGCGAGAUUAUUGUCGAAAAUUUGCCUCCUCAGAAGUGCAAUGCGUGAUUCUGUGACGAUUAAAACGUAGUGCCGUAUAAUCUCCUGUAGGAAAACAUCACGAGAGAAGCAACUCUCUAACACAACAUAAUGUCUCAGCCAGGUAGUUACCACCAAUACCAACUAUUCCCAGAAUCUGCUACUACGGUAAAGAGUGGACUACCACCGAUGAUCAAUGGUCAACCUAAUGCCAUGCCGCCUAUGCAAAAUGGUGUUCAAAAUCCCCAUAUUAAUCCUCUCGGUACACCCUCGUCACAAUCAUCUCGAGACCCUUCGAGGGAACCAUCUAGAGAUCCAUCACCAACCCAGUUUCUUCACAAUCAGUACAGACCUCAAUUGCCCAGGCCUCCGAUGCCUCCCAUUAAUGGACAACAGUUAGGAAAUAGAAAUCCUAUCUUACAACCACCGCGAGUCACAAAUGUUCCACAAGACAGAUCAGUUCUAACAUCAGCACAAAAUAUUACUAAUCAGACUGGUCCCGGUGUGCCAAUUUCAAACCCUACGUCUAUCUUAAAUUCAUCCGUAUCGGCCUCCACGCUAGCUUCGUCGUAUACAAAUAUGCAAAUUCCAACGCAAGCUUCCAGUUCACAGUCAUCUUUUCUUGCAAGCGAAAUGUCGCCAUCUACCACGAAUCACACAACGCCAGUCGAAUCGGGUAUCAACGCGUUGAACUAUUCGGUCACUUCUACAGGAUUAAUAAAAUCUGAACAUCCGGGACAUAAUCCCGUUUUUCCACCGAUGUUGGGUCAACCCCAACAUGCCGAAAACACGAAUGAUUUCGAUAAAGUUUCGCUCCCAACUGGGAAUCCGCAUGCUUCAAAUCAUCAGUCCCAAGCCCAGCAGCUCCCGGCUGUCAGUAGCCAACCGUUACAUUCAUCCAGUGCAACAACGACAUCAGUUCAACAGCAAUUGAGUAGAAUCAAUCAGAAUUUGCCACCAUCCUUGUCGCAAAUUCAAAGCCGAAAUUCUCCUGGAAUAGAUCAGAAACCGCCGAGUGUUGUAACCACGGCUUCUACUGUAAAUCAACUACCCCAAAGUUCAAAUCAACCACAGAAUAUCGUUCUGUCUCAAAGUCGUAGUGAAACUUUCCAAGGAUCACUUCCAAGUGUGACAGUACCAAGAAGUCAACCUCAACAGAAUAUUUUUGGACCUCCUCGACCAAAUGCCUCGCCGAUACAGAACGUGCCAGGUUAUCCACAACAGCAGCCUAAAUUGGCAAGUGUGCAGGAUUUAUCGGCAGGCGUAGAGAAAAUGUCUUCUAGCAUCCAAAACACGAGUGCCAAUACGCAGAAUUUAUUCGGCAACACAAGUCAGAAUUUAUCUGGCCCGCAAAAUCUUUCUGGUCCUCUACAAUCAAGACCUCAGAGCCAGUAUCCUACACAAUUACCUGCUCAACAAAAUUUAUUUGGUAGUCAGUCAAGUUUGCCUCAGCAAACUCAAAAUAUGUAUGGGAGUCAAUCGAAUUUAGCUAGUCAAAGGAAAUAUCCACAAAAUAGUCCUUAUGGGGUGCAGCAGACCGUUGCCACUGCCAAUUUGUCGGGCCCCACGUUGUCGGGUCCACAAAGACCCGGUGCACCCCCUACUGGAUCAGGACAGUAUCAGGUAGGACCUGGUAUUCAACCUCCUCCGGGGCAGCUCACGCAAGGUCAAUAUGAUCCGCGCUCACAAUAUCCUGGUCAAAUGACUAAUGUUCCUUUGGACAAUAUGUCAAGAAGGUAUCCCGGAUCUUAUCCGGACCAUAUGAAUCAAUUAAACAAUCAGAUGAGUGGUAUGUCGGUUGCGCAGACAGGUUUCAAUAAACUAUGGGGCAAGGAAUCUGUUGACCUAUUGCAAUGCAGAAACAUAUUACCAUCGGAAAAAGUGGCACCACCCAAGAUCACUCUGCACCAGGAAUUUCUGGAUAGUGUCAAUUGCAGUCCAGAUAUUUUCAGGUGUACUCUGACGAAAAUUCCAGAGUCGAAUUCACUUCUACAAAAAUCAAGAUUGCCAUUGGGAGUUCUCAUACACCCCUUCAAAGAUCUAAAUAAUGUGUUUCAGCAUUUACCCGUGAUACAGUGCAGUACGAUCGUCCGCUGCCGGGCUUGUAGAACCUAUAUCAAUCCAUUCGUGUAUUUCGUCGACUCCAAACGAUGGAAGUGUAAUCUUUGCUACAGGGUGAACGAACUUCCCGAGGAGUUUCAAUUUGAUCCUGUAAGUAAAUCGUAUGGCGAUCCUUCGCGAAGACCGGAAGUAAAGACCAGUACAAUUGAAUUCAUAGCGCCUAGUGAAUACAUGCUGCGACCACCGCAACCAGCAGUUUAUCUUUUUAUUUUGGAUGUAUCGAGAUUAGCUGUCGAAAGUGGAUACCUCACUGUAGUAUGUAACACAAUAGCUGAAGAAUUGGGAAGAUUGCCGGGGGAUGGAAGGACUCAGGUUGGAUUUCUUGCCGUGGACUCGGCAAUUCACUUCUACAGCAUGCCCGACAAUGUCUCUCAGCCCCACGAGAUGAUUAUGUUGGAUGUUGAAGAUGUGUUCUUGCCGUGUCCGGACAACUUGAUAGUUAAUUUGAAGGAACGCGAAGAACUCGUAAGAGAUUUGUUAGCACAACUCCCAACAAUGUUCCAGGGUACACACGAUACAAACAGUGCCCUGGGUGCGGGACUGCAAGCAGCAUUCAAACUCAUGUCUCCUACGGGCGGAAGAGUUACUGUAUUUCAAACGUGUCUACCUAACUUGGGACCUGGUGCUCUGCAACAGAGGGAGGAUCCUAACAAUAGAGCCGGUAAAGACGUGCCGCAUCUCAACCCAGCUACAGACUUUUACAAGCGUCUCGCCCUGGAAUGUAGCGGACAACAAAUCGCAGUAGAUUUAUUCCUGCUGAAUAGUCAGUACAGCGACCUGGCCACGUUGUCCGGUAUGUGCAAGUUCUCGGGUGGUUGCAUCUAUCACUUGCCAUUAUUCCGCUUAAACAAGCCUCAGCACACGGAAAUCCUCGAAAGGAUGCUGCGCCGUUAUUUAACGCGAAAGAUCGGCUUCGAAGCUGUGAUGAGGAUACGCUGCACCCGUGGUCUUAGUAUUCAUACCUUUCAUGGAAACUUCUUUGUUCGGUCUACCGAUCUGCUAAGUUUGCCAAACGUCAAUCCGGAUGCCGGAUUUGGAAUGCAGAUAUCGAUCGAGGAAAGUCUUUCGGACGUUCAGAGCGUCUGCUUCCAGGCAGCGCUCCUGUACACGUCGAGUCGAGGAGAAAGACGCAUCAGGGUGCACACACUGUGCUUACCAGUAGCAGGAAGUCUUACGGACAUCCUAUACUCGGCGGAUCAACAAUGUAUAGUAGGACUUUUAUCUAAAAUGGCUGUGGACAGAUCGCACCAGUCUUCUUUGUCGGACGCCCGUGAUGCUCUGAUAAACGUAGCAAUCGACGUGUUAUCCGCCUAUAAACUUUCUCAAUCGGUUGGCCCUUCUGGCGGACUCUUAUCACCCGAUAACUUGAAAUUACUGCCACUGUACAUCCUCGCUUUAUUGAAAUUCAUUGCGUUUAGAUCAGGAACGAGCACGCGAUUAGACGAUCGCGUGUAUUCCAUGUGCCAGUUGAAGGCUCUACCUCUUUACCAGCUUAUUCAACUGGUGUACCCGGAUCUGUAUAACGUGCACGCCCUGGACGAUCAGAAUGUUAUUGACAUCGAUGGUAAAAUUUGUCCGCAACCACCGAGAUUACAUUUGUCCGCAGAAAAGCUUGAUGCGCGUGGUGCCUUCCUGAUGGAUGCUGGAGACAGAAUAUUUAUAUACGUCGGCAAGAACAUUCACCAAACAUUCUGCAGUAACGUGCUAGGUGUUCCUGCUUUCGUCUCCAUACCGGAGGAAAUGUACGAUUUACCAGAACUGAAUACAGUCGAGAGCGAGAGACUUCGUAAUUUCUUGUUCAGCCUUCAGGAAGACAAGCCAUACUAUGCUCCUGUGCAAAUCAUACGCGACGAUAGUCACUUUAGAAAGUUAUUCACGGAACGGCUGAUCGAAGAUCGAAUAGAGUCGGCCCUGAGUUAUUACGAAUUUUUGCAGCACUUAAAGACUCAGGUAAAGUAGUGACGACUUUUAAUUUUCGAUGCCAAUGGCGCGCUCCGGAAUUCUAAAGAUGGAUGGAGUCAUGGCAAUUCAGCGUCUGUAUGACGAAGGUACGAUUGGUGAGGAGAGGGUUGGGAUUCAUCGAUUGAUUGUGAUCGCGCGAAAUAAUCGAACGUAAAGUGUGCCUGGAGUCAGAGGAAGUGUAUCAAGUGUUUGUAACUUUCUAAGCAAGUCAACAGGAGAUAAGGAAUAAGUGAUAACAACGCGAAAACGAGCGAGUCUAAGGAAAAAUAUAAAUAUAUAGGUAUAUGCCACAUAAGGAAAGUAACAGGAUAGCUUGCUCGGAGGCGACACGUUAUAGCAUUUAAGAGAGAAGUAGUAGAGUGUAAUUACUGUUAUAUCAGCAUUAAUCCUAUCGUGUACGAUUAAAAAGUGCGAAUAAUUAUC